AUGUAUGAAGCAUAUCGUGGAACAAGCACAGUUUGUCCAGUUAGAAAAGAGCUAGAAACCGUCUGUGAAGAUCCAGCCAAUGCCGAGCCACUGAUUCUCUUUGAUUUGGAAACCAGUAACACUGAGCAAAAAACCACUGCAGAAAUACCUUACAGUGAACAUUCUUUAAAGGAAUAUUUAAUCAGUGAUUUAAAAGCUUCACAAGAAAUACUAUUAACUCCGCCUGUAGCAACAGAACCUAAAAAGUUUUCAUCUUUCAAAACUGCUGCUCACCAGGACUCAUAUACGCCUAAAACAAGGCCACGAUCUAGGUCAUACUCAAGCACAUCUAUAGAGGAAACUAUGAAGAAAGUAGAAGAACCUCCUACACCACCACCAAGACCUCAAAAAACCCAUUCUAGAGCUUCAUCACUGGACUUGAACAGAAUCAUCCAGCAACAUUCCCCAGCUCCUCGAGCUGGAUGGAUACAACCUCCUCCUGCUCUGCCUCCAAGACCUGGUGUGUCACAGAUUCCCUACCAGAAUACUAACACAGAGCAAAAGAUACCAGCAUUUGCAGACUUCAAGUUGCAAGAACAAGGUGAACGAGCCGCAGAGAUUGAAUUACAUCCACAGACAAAUAAAAUCUUGCCGCAGACAGAGGAGAGCAGUCCUGCCAAAAAAGAAAUAGUCUUCAGCCAACCACCAACCAAACCAUUACGGCGAAAAUUCCAUCCAGAAAGCCAAGUUCUGGAAAAUCAUGACUUGUCUUCGGCAUUAAAUGUGACCUCAUCAGCUGCAUCUCUAAAGUCACAUCCAGCUGUCCAAAAGCAGCCUUCCAAACAGAAGAAAGCCAUCCAGACAGCCAUCCGUAAAAACAAGGAAGCCAAUGCGGUGCUGGCAAGGCUGAACAGUGAACUUCAGCAACAAUUGAAGGAAGUCCAUCAGGAAAGAAUUGCCUUGGAAACCCAAUUGGAACAGCUACGUCCUCUUACAGUGUUAUGA